UCAUCCUCUUGCCUAUUUCAAAAACCCACAAAGUAUUUUAAUUCAAUUUACGACACCGCUCAUGCAGAAUCGCUACAAAUGUUUCACGAUUCUCGAUCGAUAGAUAUCCCGUACGGCCUUGACGUAACAGCGUCUGGUUAAUCUAGACGCAGGGCGUCGACGACGUCGACUUUUAAACCGUGCCAAAAACCUCAAUUUUAACGUGGAAAAUACAGUGUGUAUAUGUUGUGGAAUAACAAAUAAUUCGAGGAGUGUGGAAACAGAUUCACCGCAACUAUGAAUGUCAAGAUGACGAGGUAUACCAAUGCGGACUUCACCGAUGAUGACAGCGUGAACAGCGUCCAAUUCACAGAAGGGAAGUUUGGUAUAAGUACAACAGCCACUCACAUACGAUACCAUGCUGGAUCCAGCUUGUGGAAACAGAGAUCAAAACUGGAAAAAGCCCUCUUAGCCCUUCUGGCAACACUGAUCUUCGUGAUAUUCGUUUUAGCCUGUGUGGUCCACAGCUUAGAGAAUAGAAUGGUGAGCGUAAAGAAUUUUCACGUGGAGUGGGCUGAGAAGUCACCAUGUCUAAACAAGGAUUGUAUAAAGAUCUCAAAUGAUAUCCUGCAAGCCAUGGACUUGUCGGCAGACCCUUGCGAAGAUUUUUACGCUUAUUCCUGUAAUGGUUGGAUUCAGAACAACCCUAUACCUGAUGGCAAACCACAAUGGGGGACGUUCUCGAAGUUAGAUCAACGGAAUCAGGAAAUAAUAAGGAGAAUUUUAGAAAAGCCAGCGGACCAACUGAAAUCGAAGGCAGAGAGAAAAGCCAAAAUAUACUACGAGUCAUGUUUGGAUGUCAAUGACACAAUGGAGUCCCUUGGUGCAAAACCAAUGUUGGACGUUCUUCGUAAGAUAGGCGGAUGGAACAUUAGCGAUAGCGGUUUCGACUUGAAGAAAUGGUCGUUUCAAAAUACCGUGCAGACUGUACUGAAUAGGUACAACAUAGGAGCCUUCUUCUCUUACUCCGUUGGCGAAGACGACAAAAAUUCCUCCAGACAUGUGCUACAGAUCGACCAGAGCGGUUUAACCCUGCCGACUAGAGAAACCUACUUGAACAAAACCGAACAUGCUAAGGUUCUGGAGGCCUAUUUGGAUUAUAUGACAAGGGUUGGCGUCCUUUUGGGAGGAGAGCCAAAUUCGACCAAACAACAGAUGUUGGAGGUCAUCGAAUUUGAAACUAGACUAGCCAACAUAACUACCCCGAGUGAGCUGCGAAGAGAUGAAGAAGCCUUGUAUCAUCAGUUCACCAUAGCUGAUUUACAGGAGAAGGCGGGAUUUUUGGAUUGGAGAAAAUUCUUCGAGAAUGCAAUGAAGAAUGUCAACAGGAAAGUCACGAGCAAACAGCAUGUUGUCGUUUAUGCCCCUGAAUAUUUGGGUAAUUUGACAAACCUCAUCAAGGAAUACAACGCAACAGUCGAAGGAAGGAUAACCUUGAACAACUAUCUGAUAUGGCAAACUGUAAGGUCCUUUACCGGAUGCCUUUCUAAGGCCUUCAGAGACGCAUACAAGGGCCUGAAAAAAGCACUCAUGGGUUCUGAAGGUGGAGAAGAGCCUCAAUGGAGGUAUUGCAUUCAAGAUACCAACAAUGUUCUAGGAUUUGCCAUUGGUGCCAUUUUUGUUCGAGAGGUCUUCCAUCAAGAGUCAAAAAUGCAGGCUCAAGAAAUGAUAAACAACGUUAGGAAUGCCUUCACUAGAAACUUCAAGAAUUUGGACUGGAUGGACGAAGAAACCAGAAAAGCUGCUGAAAGUAAAGCCGACGAUAUCUCCGACAUGAUUGGAUAUCCAGAUUUCAUCAAGGACAUCAACCAGCUUGAUAAAAAGUACGAGUCUUUGAACAUCAGACCGAAUGCUUACUUUGAGAAUACGAUCAGUAUUAACUACUACAAUCUUGUGAAGAACCUGGAGAAGAUUGAUGAGCCUGUGAACAAAACUGCUUGGAGUAUGUCCCCAUCUACAGUCAACGCCUACUACACACCGACCAAGAACCAAAUGGUAUUACCCGCUGGUAUCCUCCAAAAUCCCUUCUACAACCCCAACCAUCCGGCUUCACUGAAUUAUGGCGGCAUUGGCGUGGUCAUGGGACACGAGCUCACCCAUGGUUUUGACGAUCAAGGCCGGGAGUUCGAUAAGGAGGGCAACUUGAACCACUGGUGGAAGAAUGAAACCAUCAGGAGGUUCAAGGAUAGGACCAAAUGCUUUGUUGAUCAGUAUAACAAAUACAAAAUCAAUGGUAAAUCCGUCAGUGGAAACCGCACUUUGGGGGAGAACAUUGCCGAUAACGGGGGCCUCAAAGCUGCCUACAACGCCUACCUAGAAUACAUGAAAACCCAGCCAGAACCUCUUAACUAUCCAGGCCUCGAGCUCAACCACAAACAGCUCUUUUUCGUAGCUUUCGCUCAGAUCUGGUGCUCCUCCGUCACAAACGAAACGAGCACCCUACAGAUAGAAAAAGAUCCUCACAGUCCUGCCAAAUAUCGCGUAAUAGGAGCCCUCUCUAACCUCAAGGAGUUCGGGCAGGAGUUCAAAUGCAAGGAGGGGUCUAGGAUGAAUCCCAAGCGGAAGUGUGAGAUUUGGUAGGUCCGUGCCAGGAGCUCUACUGGUGUUUAGGUGUUCUUCAGCCAUAUUGGUGUAGAUGAAGUUUGUGAUAGGGGUGGGGAGGGUAGUCAGUUGAAGUUCCUUCAGUAAGCUGGAGUAUGCGUAGUGGUGAAGAAAUAUGGCCUAUUUUGUGUACAAUUGUUAGAUUUAUUUGCUUCCAUUGUUGCUGUUACGGCUAUAAAUUAUAAGUAUGGAUAACGAGGAUUUGUUGGAGGAUAUUUAGGAUAAGUUAAUCAAUUUUAUUUAUUCAUGGAAGGUGAGUUCAUGACUUGUAUAGAUGUGGGGUUAGCCAAAAGUUAUAUAAGGGUUUUUUGCUCAUUUACUCGAUGGAAAAUUGAGAUUUUUUCACCUCGCUGCAUCAUUAAAAGACAAAUUUGUUAUAAACGAAAGGCAAAUGGGUAAUUA